AUGUCUCAAGGGUCUUUUCCACUCCAUGAGGCCUGCCGUGAGGGCCAGGAGUCCAAAGUUCGAGAGCUCGUCGAGGAGCAACCCAAGCUGCUACUUUCACAAGAUCUCGAUAGCAGGUACCCUUUACACUGGGCAGUUUCAUACCAACAUGAGAGCAUAGUAAAAAUCUUGCUGUCUCGCAUGCAGAGCGUAGAUCUUGACGAUCUAGUUGACGAAUCUGGGUGGUCUCCACUGCAUAUUGCGAGCUCCGUUGGCAACCUCGACAUCUUUACCGAGCUGCUCCACCACGCCAUCAAGCCUGACGCAGACCUGGGCACAUCACAAGGCGUCACAGCUCUACAUCUCGCAUGCUCCAAGCAGCAUUUGGCUAUUGCUCGCUUGCUCGUCAAGGAGGGUGCAUCAGUUAGAAAGAAGGACGUGAGAGGUCAACUCGCCCUUCAUCGGGCUGCUAGCGUGGGCAGUAUCCCUCUGGUCAAGCUUCUCUGUGACGAGCGCUCUCCUGUUAAUGCCAAGGAUGUGCAGGGUUGGAUUCCCUUGUUUCACGCAUUGUCCGAAGGGCAUGGGGACGUGGCAGUUAUACUAGUCCAAGAGUACAAUGCCGAAUAUCGGGAACUUCAAGAUAACAGCGGCAAAGCGCCGCUUGACGUGGUGCCUGACGACAAGGUUAAGCGGUUUUUCCUUGAAAACGUCGAGCAGUAA